AUGCAAGCAUUGAUAUACUCAAUAGUUUUUGUAUUCGUUUUUCUUUUAUGUGUAUCAGCAAGAUCAAUAGAAGAUGUUAAACCUAUUUCAAAAGUUUCAAGAAAAGAUCUUGUUGUAUUACCAAGUUAUUCAAAAUUAUUAACCCUUUUGAAAAAUCGAGAAACAAAAUUUUAUGAAAAUGAUGAUGAUGACGACAACAGUAGCGAUCAGAAUGAUGAUGACAUCCCACGUAAAAGAACACAAUUAACAUCAGCAAAUCGACGAGUUUUUCAUAUUCCUAUUCAACGUACUAAUCGUCGACAUCAACCAUCAUAUGCCUAUGGACGAAAAUCUCAUUGGGAUACGCUUUUUGGAUAG